GCACCAGCAUGUUCGUGGCAAGUCUUGUGUUGCUUCGGCGAUCGUCCCGCGUUGGACAUCGCCUGAUCCAUCAUCGACGCAUGCCGACAGCAGCUCCGAUGGGUUCCAUGGCUCUACAUGCACCUUUCCGCCAUCCUCGAGCGUUCAGGUGCGGGUAUCCUCUCAAGCCAAGCACCAUGCGCAUUCGAGCCUUGUCAACCACCACCGAGCAGGAAACUGUGGAAGCGCCGCAAUUCGACAUCCAAGAGUGGUCGGCCCUGAUGGUCGCCGAAUCCGCCGCCGACGCACAAUUCAUGUUGACGAACGACGACAAGAUCGACAUCAACUUUCAAAGCCCGAAUGGGUGGACAGCACUGAUGGUACACUCGCUGCUCCACCGAGAAGACGUCGUCAAGUUUCUCUUGACGCAGCCUGGACUCCACGUCAACGAGCGUAGCCAAGUAAGGACUGGUGCCAUCAAGCGACACUUUCUAACCCCACAACCACCUAAUGGCAGUUGGGCGCCACGGCGUUGAUGAUGGCGUCCGAAGACGGCAAGCCAGCCAUCGUUCGCUUGCUUCUGCAGCACCCAGAGGUGGACGUGAACGCCCAAGAUCUGAACGGGUCCACAGCGCUCAUGCUCGCUGCGACCGAAGGCCACGUGGACACUGCCAAGCUUCUGCUUGACCAUCCAGCCAUCGACAUCUCGUUGCAAGCGUCGGAUGACGCCACGGCGUUGGUCGAAGCAUGUGACGCCGGUCAAGUGGACGUGUUGCGCCUGCUGUUGCAAUACCCUGACGUCCAGCGUCAACUUGAACAAAAUAAGGAAAGUUUGGUGGCGUGGAUCGUAGGUGCCAACGAAUCUCAAAUGCCAGUGGUCCAGGAGUUGUUGCAACAACCCGUGCUCUACAAAGGCGGCAUGUCGCUGUUGGUGGCGGCCACGACGGGCCAAGUCGACGUCGUCCGCGUACUGCUUAGUCAACCAGACAUUCAAGUCAACGUGCAAGACGACUUGGGCAUUUCGGCGUUGAUGCUGGCAUGUGACGGGGGGCACGUUGACAUUGUCAAGUUGCUGCUGGCGCACCCAGACGUGGACGUGAACGAGCAAGACGUGCACGGCAUGACUCCGUUGAUGUCGGCGGUGAUGAGCGGCCAAGUCGACGUGGUAAAGGCCCUCCUUCAACACCCCCGUGUGGACUCGAACAUCAAAGACAAGGAGAACGGCGCGACGCCGCUCAUGGUCGCCGCCCAAGAAGGAUACCACGCCAUCGCGGCGCUGCUUCUCGCGCAUCCUUCCACCGAUGUCACAGCGACCAACACGGACGGGCACACGGCCGAAGAGUUUGCCCGGUACUUCAACCACGACGCCGUGGUGGCCUUGCUUGACCAACACUCGCAAGAGCGAAUGUAAUCAUGCAAAACCACCCAAUCAAAAUCAACCAGUUAAAGGGGUGGUAAAUUACUUGGGCUAUCGUUUGUUGGCUAUUGAUACAACUAACUACUACCUACACUCGACAUGCGACUCAUUUCGAAGCGGCCAGCUCGCACGUGUUGACUUUCUUGGCAAAUCGAAGCGUAUUCAAGCUCUCUACCAUCAUCAUGU